AUGACAGGCAUUUAUACAAAAGCAGAAAAAGGUUCUUUACCAAUUAAUAAAUAUUUUACCCAAAUGGAAUCAGGUGUUACAAUUAAUACAGAAAUUAAUAGUAAUAUUUUAAUACAGGAAAAUUUAGAAGAAGAACUUGUAGAAAGCAUACAAGAUAAAAAUGAUAUUUCAGCAUCAGAAGCAUCAGAAGAAAAAUCAAGUGAAUUUACAGAUAAUAUAUAA